ACGUCUUAUGAUUUGUCUCCGGCGGCAGGCCCCUCCCCGCAGAGCUGGCGGCCUGGGACGCUGCAAGCGGCCCCGGCGGAGAUGCAGCGGCUCCGGGUGUCGCGGCGCGGGCCGGGUGGUGUGCGGGCCCGAGGCGGGCAGGGGGUAUCCGCCGCGGCACCCACACUUUCCUGACGCCGUAGCCCUGCAGGCGGCCCCGGCUCGUCCCAGCCAUCUCCCCGCUUUGCAGUCCCCACCCCUCCGCCCUUUGUGCCGCCGCCACCCGACGUCCCCAGCUCGGCGGGACCCAGGGCGCGCGGGAGCGAGAGGCCCCGCUGUGCGCACGGCCGGUAGCGGAUGGCGAUCGCGCGCGGAGGGCGAAGGGGCGUUGCAGCCCGAGCCCGCGACGUGGGAAGCCCGGGCCGCCUCCGACGCAUUGUCCCGGGCUGCGAGCCCAGGCCCUGAGCUGCCGCAGCGCCCGCCCACCGCCACCCGCGGGGCCAUGCGGAGAGCGGCCGGGAUGGAGGACUACUCCGCAGAGGAGGAGGAGUCCUGGUACGAUCAUCAGGACCUGGAGCAGGACUUGCACCUGGCAGCCGAGCUCGGGAAGACCCUGCUGGAGAGGAACAAGGAGCUGGAGGAGUCCCUGCAGCAGAUGUACUCCACCAACGAGGAGCAGGUGCAGGAGAUCGAGUACCUGACCAAGCAGCUGGACACGCUGCGGCUGGUGAAUGAACAGCAUGCCAAAGUGUACGAGCAGCUGGACCUGACCGCCAGAGACCUGGAGCUGACCAAUCAGAGGCUGGCGCUGGACAGUAAGGCGGCCCAGCAGAAGAUCCACGGGCUGACAGAGACCAUUGAGCGCCUGCAGUGCCAGGUCGAGGAGCUGCAGGCCCAGGUGGAACAACUUCGAGGCCUGGAGCAGCUUCGGGUUCGCCGGGAAAAGCGGGAACGCAGGAGAACCAUCCAUACCUUCCCCUGCCUGAAGGAGCUGUGCACAAGCCCCCGCAGGUGUGAAGAUGCCUUCCGCCUGCACAGUUCCUCGCUGGAGCUUGGCCCUCGGCCCCUGGAGCAGGAGAAUGAACGACUGCAGACCUUGGUGGGGGUGCUGCGUUCCCAGGUGAGCCAGGAGCGACAGCGCAAGGAGCGUGCGGAGCGCGAGUACACAGUGGUGCUCCAGGAGUACACGGAGCUGGAGCGACAGCUGUGUGAGAUGGAGGGUUGUCGCCUGCGCGUGCAGGAGCUGGAGGCCGAGCUGCUGGAGCUGCAGCAGAUGAAGCAGGCCAAGACCUACCUGCUGGCCCGGGAUGAGCACCUGGCAGAGGCUUUGCUGGCACCCCUCACUCAGGCCCCUGAGGCUGAUGACCCCCAGCCAGGCAGUGGGGAUGACUCCAAUGCCCAGGAUGGUGUCUCCUCGCCUGCAGCCUCCCCCAGCCACGCAGUGCGCAAAAGCUGCAGUGACACAGCACUCAAUGCCAUCGUGGCCAAAGACCCAGCCAGCCGUCACGCUGGCAACCUCACUCUGCACGCCAACAGCGUGCGCAGGCGCGGUAUGUCUAUCCUGAGGGAGGUGGAUGAGCAGUACCACGCACUGCUGGAGAAAUAUGAGGAGCUGCUGAGCAAAUGCCGGCAGCAUGGUGCCGGAGUGCGGCACGCGGGCGUGCAGACCUCGCGGCCCAUCUCCAGGGACAGUUCAUGGAGGGAUCUACUGGGAGGCGAGGAGAGCCAGGGAGAGGGCAAGGCAGGUGAGAAGAGCCUAAGCCAGCACGUGGAGGCCGUGGAUAAGCGGCUGGAGCAGAGCCAACCUGAGUACAAGGCACUCUUCAAAGAGAUCUUCGCCAGGAUCCAGAAGACCAAGGCAGACAUCAACGCCACCAAAGUCAAGACGCAUAGCAGCAAGUGACCCCUGUAGACCUGCAGCCUUCCCUUGCCUCCCCGCCAAGGGGGUCCCUCGUGCCUGGAUGGCAGCCUCUUGGCAGAUAAGAGAGCCCGCUACACACACGCAAUAUAUCCUAGCAGGUGACUGGAGCAUGAGCAGGGAGGCCUCUCUGAUCUGGGGACACAGCAUGUUUGCUUCUGAUGGCUUGGAUCGCCUGCCCUGCUUCCCUUGACCGCUUCGCUUCAGUUUGAAGGCACAGCUCAGUUUAAAAGCCAAACGCCCUCCCCCACUGUCCCUGGGGGCUUCUCAGCUCUCGACCUCUAGACCCCCCCCACCCCGUCCCUGGCCUCACCCUCAGUUUGUGACCAGUCUUAUGCAAGCCUUUCUUGCUCAGCUGGCUUCCCCCACCCCACCCCCUGCCCACAGAUUAGUUUUUCUGAGAGAUUUGCAACGCAGGGUCUCCUCGAGCCUUGCUACAGCUGGAAACACUUGAAAGGGAAUCUCCCAGCCAGCCGUUGCUGGUGUCUGGGGUCCCCUCGACCAUUCACUGCUCUCCCUGCCAGCCAUGACUGUCGUCAUUGUCAUUCCCAUAGCUGUACCGUGUUCCACGCCCUCAGUUCAGAGCAGGGCGCAGGUAGCGCCCCCCCCCUCCCCGGAGCAUGGCCCCCUCCAGGCCUGGCAAAGACCUUCAGCUCCCCGCAGACCUGCAGCCAUACAUGGGUAGUCCCCAUGUCCAUUCCUUCUCAGAGCCAACCUCCUCAAGUUCCAUCCCUGGAGAUGCCUUGUGGGCACGAAGCCUUCCAGGGGCUGGGGGCGGGGCCUACCACCUCUGCUCCUCCUGCCCCAUCUCAGGGACCACGACGUCUCAUCCACUCCUCACUGCCUCCGGCCAGCCCUGGUACAGUUCACAUCUGCAGCCUCCAGAAUGUCCUGUGCGAGUGUCACCGGUCCAGGUCCCAGUGUCCAUCCCUGUCUUUCACCAGGGACUGUAAGAUCUUUACUCCAUGUUAAGUUUUCUUAAAUUGAGGAAGAAAUUCCUCCUUUCCCAAGUUCCUACAGAAUGCCUGCUCUUUAUCCCCACCCUUACGAGAGGGUCAGGGGUUCAAUAUUUUAGUACAAAACUUCAGCAAGUCCAGCUUUGUCUAAGAGAUGCCCAGGUCCCCAGCUGGACUUCAGCAGUCCUUCCGGGCUUCUGGUUCCUUUCUGACACCCUUCCCCAAGAACCUAGAACUCAAAGGAGCCAUACAAUCCAGUGGGAGGCAGUGACCCUGGCCUCUGUGCUGGAGCCCAAUGGGAACCGUCAUGCCUUACCUCCUCCUUCUGGGUAAAGGGGCUUUCUUAUGUCAAGCAUGUUUGACAUCCCUGGAGAAGCAUCCUUGCUCCAGGUGACACUGUGAUGCCAGCUGGCAUCUGGAGCUUUCUGUUCAUGCAGCUUGGAACCUUUCAUCCUGUGGGGCGGGCACCUCCGGGCCCUCUGUGUGUCUCUGUCAUCUAGGGUACAGGAGGCCUUCAGGCCUGUUCACUCCUCGGUUCUGUAACAGCAUCACCUUUGAAGUAUACAUGAGAGAAAUAUAUUUACAAAUGCUUUAUUCUCUUCUUUAAUAAAAAAUGCACCAGUAUUCUAAAAGCAGAAA